AAGGAAUCGAAGGCAGAAGAAAAACACCGCUUAUCUUUCACCUUUGUUCUUGGCCCCAUGAAAGAUCUGCGCAGGUUGAAACAAGCCAAACGUUGGUGGAGAUGAUGGAGUGAGGGAGGAAGUGGAGACAUGAGAGGACGCCGUUCCUGUGCCAGCUGCUUGGAGAGCAAUUAACCCCGCGGCCAGCGUCAGCCGAGGACCGGCUUCUAUUCUGUGACGGGUUUGGCGCCAUCAUGUUUCAGAGCUCGCCUCGCAGGGCUCUUCUCCUGCUGCUGCUCCUCCACGGCUCCCUCGAGGCCUCUCAGGCCGCCAAAGCCAAAGGUCCGGGCCAUACGCACCUCAACUCCAUCCGCAUCGACGGCGACAUAUCCCUGGGCGGACUCUUCCCGGUGCACGCCAGGGGCCACGACGGCAAGCCCUGCGGCGAGCUGAAGAAGGAGAAGGGCAUCCACCGCCUGGAGGCCAUGCUCUUCGCCCUGGACCGCAUCAACAAUGACAACAACCUGCUGCCCAACAUCACGCUGGGGGCCCGGAUCCUGGACACCUGCUCCCGGGACACCCACGCUCUGGAGCAGUCGCUCACCUUCGUGCAGGCGCUGAUCGAGAAGGACGGCACCGACGUCAAGUGUCUGGGCGGCGGGGCGCCCAUCAUCACCAAACCGGAGCGGGUGGUGGGGGUGAUCGGAGCCUCUUCCAGCUCCGUGUCCAUCAUGGUGGCAAACAUACUGCGGCUGUUCAAGAUCCCGCAGGUGAGCUACGCCUCCACGGCCCCGGAGCUCAGCGACAACACCCGCUACGACUUCUUCUCCCGGGUGGUGCCCCCGGACACGUACCAGGCCCAGGCCAUGGUGGAUAUCGUCAAAGCCAUGAGGUGGAACUACGUCUCCACCGUGGCCUCCGAGGGCAACUACGGCGAGAGCGGUGUGGACGCCUUCAUCCAGAAGUCCCGCGAGGACGGGGGUGUGUGCAUCUCGCAGUCGGUGAAGAUCCCCCGCGAGCCCAAGCAGGGCGAGUUCGACAAGGUGAUCCGACGACUCAGCGAAAACCCCAACGCAAGAGUGGUCAUCAUUUUCGCCAACGAGGACGACAUCAGGCGGCUGCUGGACGCGGCUAAGAAGGCCAAUCAGACCGGUCAUUUCAUCUGGGUGGGUUCGGACAGCUGGGGCUCCAAGAUCUCACCCGUUCUGCACCAGGAAGAGAUGGCAGAAGGGGCGGUCACCAUCCUGCCCAAGCGUCUGUCCAUCAAAGGUUUUGACCGUUACUUCAUCAGUCGGACGCUGGAGAACAACCGGCGGAACAUUUGGUUCGCAGAGUUCUGGGAGAACAACUUCAGCUGCAAGCUGAGCCGUCACGCCUUGAAGAAAGGCUCCGGACUCAAGAAGUGCACAAAUCAGGAGCGCAUCAGCAAGGAUUCAAACUACGAGCAAGAGGGCAAAGUGCAGUUCGUCAUCGACGCCGUCUACGCCAUGGCUCACGCGCUACACAACAUGCACCAGGAGCUCUGCCCGGGCAAGGUGGGCCUGUGCGGCAAGAUGGACCCCAUCAACGGCACGCACCUGCUCAAGCACAUCCGCCGCCUCAACUUUAAAGGUAUUGCAGGAAACCCGGUGCUCUUCAACGAAAACGGCGAUGCCCCCGGUCGGUAUGAGAUCUACCAGUACCAGAUCCGGAACCAAACGGCGGAAUACAAAAUCAUUGGUCACUGGACGGAUCAACUUCAUCUAAAUGUUCGCUCGAUGCAGUGGCCCGGCAUGGUCCGCCAGAUCCCUUCGUCGAUCUGCAGCCAGCCCUGUCGGGCCGGCGAGCGCAAGAAGACGGUCAAGGGCAUCCCUUGCUGCUGGCACUGCGAGCGCUGCGACGGCUACCAGUACCAGGCGGACACGUUCACCUGCAAGAUGUGCCGCUUCGACCUGCGGCCCAACCAGAACCACACGGGCUGCGUUCCCAUCCCCAUCGUAAAGCUGGAGUGGAGCUCUCCGUGGGCGGUGAUCCCUGUGCUCAUCGCGGUGGUCGGCAUCAUGGCCACUCUCUUCGUGAUGGUCACCUUCGUCCGCUACAACGACACCCCCAUCGUGAAGGCGUCGGGGCGCGAGCUCAGCUACGUGCUGCUGACGGGGAUCUUUCUCUGCUACGCCACCACCUUCCUGAUGAUCUCCACCCCUGAUGUGGGGAUCUGCUCCCUGAGGCGGAUCUUUCUGGGCUUGGGUAUGAGCAUCAGCUACGCCGCCCUGCUCACCAAGACCAACCGCAUUUACCGCAUCUUCGACCAAGGCACCAUGUCUUUGAGCGCGCCCCGGUUCAUCUCCCCGGCGUCGCAGCUCAUCAUCACGUUCACCUUGGCCUCGGUGCAGCUGCUGGGCGUGUGCAUCUGGUUCGGCUUGGAUCCCUCCAAGGCCAUCAUCGAUUACGAGGAUCAGAGGACCUCUAAUCCGUCCAUGGCCCUUGGCGUGCUCAAGUGCGACAUCUCUGACCUCUCCCUCAUCUGCCUGCUGGGCUAUAGCAUGCUGCUAAUGGUCACCUGUACGGUCUACGCCAUUAAAACCAGAGGAGUACCAGAGACCUUCAAUGAGGCCAAACCCAUUGGUUUUACCAUGUACACCACCUGCAUCAUCUGGCUCGCCUUCAUCCCCAUCUUCUUCGGCACCUCGCAGUCAACAGAAAAGGGUGAGAUCCUCUCCAAGAUUUCCAUGAUGUACAUCCAGACCACCACGCUGACAAUCUCGGUCAGCCUGAGUGCCUCCGUGUCCCUGGGCCUGCUCUACAUGCCCAAGGUCUACGUGGUGCUCUUCCACCCGGAGCAGAAUGUGCUCAAGCGCACGCGCAGCCUGAAGGCCGUGGUCACGGCCGCCACCAUGUCCAACAAGUUCAGCCCCAAGGCCGGACUCAGACCCAACGGAGAGGCCAAGACCGAGCUGUGCGAAAGCUUGGAGACACAAAGUUUCUCCACCAAGCAGACGUACAUCAGCUACAGCAACCACACCAUCUAGCGGACACCUUCAGCUCCACCUUAUAUUCUCUUUACUUCAGGAUUUCUGCCUGAUCCACUUCAGGAGUGUUACACAAAACAAAAAAACAAAAACAAAAAUGCCAAAAAUGAACGUGGGGAUGAUGGGGAAUGUUCUCCAAAGGCGGCGAGGAGAAACCACGGGGAUGCACUCCAGGGGACGCAGAAAGGCUUGUAAGGAAUCGUCCUCCGGAGGAAAAAAAACACUGCAUGACAGAGGAGGUUUUUUUUCUUAAUGUGUCAUGUGGAUCAGAGAUCUAACAUACGUGGAGGUGUUGUCCAUGUCGUCUUUUGCAUCACCAACACCCGAGAAGUCCACACCAAAAAGACUUAGGGAGGGGGUAUAAAUCCAAACAAAAAAAGAUGGCUCCCUGUGUCUUGAACCAGUCUAUGAUAGACCGACCAGCUUUGGUUUGGUUCUGGACUGCCGGUCAGAUGCUACAUUUUUGUGCAUGAUCACGUGUUGUUGUUGUUGACAAAACAAAAAAAGAAAAAUAUCUAUAUUUGGAAUGCAUUUAACCUGUUUGGGCCUCUUGUGCGUUUCUUCGAAUGGUGACGAUGUAGUGACGUGUUGCCAGCCACCCCCCCAUAGAGGGCGCCACUGCCAUCAAGCCCACAUUGUUGGGGCCCACCUACCUUCAUCCCCCACCGUGGCCUGGAUGUAGAGCCUCCCGUCCCCUGCCAGCAGCCAUUCCCCCCGGACACACCCCGGAGGAUUUAGGAGGACAUACGCCCUUGGGAGCCAUACCCCCUGAAGGUGAUAUCUAUAUAUCUCUCAUCCCUUAGAGCGAUCAUUACUCGGGCAGGCUCCGUGUCCUUCCCCGGCGUGAUAAUGGUAAGGCUUUGUAAGAUAUAUUUACAAAAGCCAAAAGCAGUGAAGUUGUCACGUUGUGUAAAUGGUAAAUAAUCCUGUUCAACUUAUAUUCAAUUGAAUAGACAGCAAGGACAAGAUAUUUAACGUUCCAACUGGAAAACUUUAUUUUUUGCAAAUAUUAGCUCAUUUGGAAUUUGAUGCCUGCAACAUGUUUCAAAAAAGCUGGCACAUCUGUGAAGGCACCAUUAAUGCUGAAAGGUACAAACCCUGUUUCCAUAUGAGUUGGGAAUUUGUGUUAGAUGUAAAUAUAAACGGAAUACAAUGAUUUGCAAAUCAUUUUCAACCCAUAUUCAGUUGAAUAUGCUACAAAGACAACAUAUUUGACGUUCAAACUGAUAAACUUUUUUUUUUGGCAAAUAAUCAUUAACUUUAGAAUUUGAUGCCAGCAACACGUGACAAAGAAGUUGGGAAAGGUGGCAAUAAAUACUGAUAAAGUUGAGGAAUGCUCAUCAAAGACUUAUUUGGAACAUCCCACAGGUGAACAGGCAAAUUGGGAACAGGUGGGUGCCAUGAUUGGGUAUAAAAGUAGAUUCCAUGAAAUGCUCAGUCAUUCACAAACAAAGAUGGGGCGAGGGUCACCACUUUGUCAACAAAUGCCUGAGCAAAUUGUUGAACAGUUUAAGAAAAACCUUUCUCAACCAGGUAUUGCAAGGAAUUUAGGGAUUUCCCCAGCUACGCUCCGUAAUAUCAUCAAAGGGUUCAGACAAUCUGGAGAAAUCACUGCACGUAAGCAGCUAAGCCCGUGACCUUCCAUCCCUCAGGCUGUACUGCAUCAACAAGCGACAUCAGUGUGUAAAGGAUAUCACCACAUGGGCUCAG